AUGUCCACCCGCGCUCUGGAAGCCCUCCGCAAGUUCACCUCCUGUGACAUUGGAGAUGCCCUUGUCAAGCUCAAAUACCCCCAGGGCGGCUUUUUGGACGGGAUCCGCAUGUUCUCGCCGGGCGCGUCGGGACGCGUCUUCGGCCCCGCAGUAACGGUCGAGAUGGUAGAGAUGAGCAACACUGCGGCGCCCAAGCUGGACAAGCACUUUGUCGACCACAACCAAGAGGGUGGCAUCAUGUACAUCCAGCAGCCCAAGGGCCUGCCUUCGGCGUGUUGGGGCGGGCUGAUGUCCACGAGGGCCAAGUACCUCGGCGCGGAGGCUGCGGUUGUUGAUGGCCGGGUGCGAGACGUCGGAGAACACAAUGAGAUGGGGUUUUCCGUGUUUGCGCAAGGCACCUCGAUCCUUGGAUCCAACACUUUCACCCGCGCUUCUAGAGUCAACGUGCCGCUUCAGUUCAAGGGGGACCUGUGGAUUAACCCUGGCGAUAUUCUGGUGGGCGAUGUCGAUGGCGUCGUGGUCACUCCUAUUUCACUGGUCGAGAAGGUGGUCGCUCUGUGCCAGGAAAGGGCCGAAGUAGAUUCGAAAAUGUUCGCGGAGCUGAAGAGGGGAGCUUCGAUGGGAGACCUCAUCAAGAGUGUGAGAAAGGACACAUGA